CGGGAGCUGUACAUCGGUGCUUUUCCGCAGUUGCUUUAAGAGGUACUGGGUGAGACAAAGGAUCUCGCUUUGUCUGUAUGAGGUACAAGCAAAUUUAUGGGGUACACGGUCAGUUUAUGAGGUGCCGUGUCUUGUACGGUAUAAAGCAGUACCUCUUGCGCAAAAUCUUAUUGUGCUUUCCGCUGCUUUCAACACUUCUUGCGUUCAAGUAACGCCCCAAAGGGUUCGAUGCAGUCAGAUAAUGCAUGUACUACAUCGCACAGGCUCGGAGAUAAAGAUUAGCUGUUGAUUUACAACUAUGAUUGUUUCAUUCACGGCAGAUGAUAAAACGUUUCCUGUCUAUGUCGUCAGCUAAAGAGCCUCAACCGUGGUACUUUUCUUUAAAUUGUUUGCGUCUGUUUCAAGUAUAUUACGAACACAGGAUAGACAGUGAGCAAAGAAAAUGCCGUUCUGUAUAUGUGAUGUUUAUUGCUUAUUGGGUAUGUACAUUGAUAAAAUAGAAACAGGUUGAACUCUCUCCGUGUGUUCGUGAAGGAGGCAGGUUUUCGUUUGGCCAACAUGUAAACUAAAAGAAAAAGAACAUUCCGGAACAGAUAAGCUGUCGACGAACCGACAAGCUGCACCUUCCAGUGGUUUCAUGAGGUCAGACGGUUCAGUUUCUUAUCUUUAUCUUGUCUCAUAUCUAGCGAAUCGAACCUUUGAUACCUACGGAAGAAACAUGCGUUAUAAGUGCAGCCGCGUCCGCGUGUGAAGGUUAUUUGUGAUCAGGAAGCCGCCGUCUUCGCACGGUUAAGUUGACCGGUUAAGGGACAUGGAAAGGCCGGGAAGAUGUACCUGCUCAUGCUGAUACUGGAAUUCGACGUCAGAUUCCGCAAAAGCUUUGAUCAAGGAAUGGUGGAGAUGACCAACAUCCUGGAGGGUUUUUCAGCCACGAAUGAAAAGAAUCGCCGACGUUCGUCGAUGUGGACGUAUUCUUACGUCCAAAAAAAUUAGAAGUAUGACCUGAUAUCAAUGCAUCAGGCACAGAAGAGAUGUUGCACUGAUGGCGAGCAAGUAGAGGCUUUAGAAAAGGAAAACGUGCUCAAUCGUAAGUUAGAGGAGCAGAAAAAACUGAGUCGGUGAGUGGAUCGGUGAAUGUCCCUUACAAAAAUGAGCUUUGAACUUCUAUUGAUGGCUUGUUCAAAUCCUUCUGUGUCAACAAAGACUCAGUUGCUUUUCAAGGUCUACUGCGUUCCUUCAAAAGGACGUCAUCAGAAAUUUUGUUGAACAAGUUCAACAGAGAUUCCACUGCAGAGUUCCUGUUGUUUUUCUGAUGAGAUUUAUUAGUUGUGAGCUUCCCAAGAGAACAAGUCAAGAUCAUGGGUGUUUAACAUUUCUGGACAGAAAAUAUGUUUCCAUUGAUACAGACAUACCAGGUAAUGCUACCAGGCAAUACCAGUGGCGGAUCUGGGAUCUUUCCGGGGGGAUGUGUGCAUUGGACAAGAGCCAGAUGCAUGCCAGGAUAAGUCCACUGAGCGCCAUGUUAGAGUUGACUGAUAAAGAUGGUCCAGACCCCUUUACCCCCUCCCACGGAUCAUCCCACGAAAUCACGAGAUCAUAACGAACGUCAGCGUUAUAGAUCGGUCGCAUUCAGGCUCACGCGGUUCAGGUUCUUGCCACACACCUUGUCACAUUCGCCACAUCAGUCAACGCGUCCACACACAGGCAGGCACAUACCGUGUACGCCAAAGUACGUGUCUCGCCUGCGGACAGGCUGGAGCCAGGAGGCUGACAGCUGGCAAGAGCCGAACAUUCUACCAUUCGUGCAAGCCUUGCAUCUUUGAUCAGCAGCUUAAAUCUGAAAUGUACAUCAGCCAUCAAAUCGGAUCACGGGAAAACGGGAAACACCGAUUCCCAACGUGCGCCAACGUAAAGGCUUCGGGCUUGACAUGGCUUCUUCCGGCUUGAGUGCCACGGCCUAUGCAUAAUCGCAUAUGAAAUCCGCAGCCUCGCAUUUGUCGUUGUGUUGUGUAAAUGGAAGGUUGAUGAUCGGCGGUGUCUUCAAUCUGCGGAAAUCUGGCAAUCUACGUCCUUUCGAACGGUUCGCUAACCGGCAUCAUGUCGCAGGUGUUGAUCAAAUGGCUUUCCGAGAACAAGUGGGACGUCUACCGCGUACGGUCCAUUACUGAUCCCGCAAUUGGGACACGUCUCCUAACCGAACCGAAUGCAAUUCGUGAGCUACGCGGGACCAUUGUGGAGGUGUGCUGGAAAGCCGGGCAAAAACCUGAACAAGCAGAGCUUCUUCAUUUUGGGAAGCCCCAUACUCUUGAGAAGAAGCGUAACAAACUGGUCGCCGCGUCUGAGAGUUCAGCGGAGCGGGACAUGGAGAGCGCAGCGUCGCAAUUGACAGAUGAUGGUGGCCCCACCUCCAGCGCACAGAAAAUUGCGGACCUACAGGCAGAAAAUGCAAGGUUGAAGAAUGAAGUUGAAGUAUUGAAGAGGUCUCUCGACGAAGCUGAGAGAGCAUAUGCGCCAGCAAAGAUGGUGAAGCGUCUGGAAAGAAUGUUGGACAAGGUUCACAAGCCGGAGGGAGCUGACGUUGUCCCAUGUACAAAGGUCGACAUCGGCAGCGGUGUGCUGGUGGAGAGUACCGUACUUGCCAGGCUAGGGCCAAGCUGCAAAAGCGGCGUAGGAAAAUAUGUUCGGGCACUGCUCCGCCACGUGUUCCAAGACGACGAACUGCGGGGCAAGUCCCUGUAUGGGAUGAAAUGUAACACGAAGAAAAACACUCCACCGAAAGAGGCCAUUGACCCUGUCCGCCUGAACGCCGUCAUUGAUUACACGUGCAAGAUUUUCCCUGGAACGCAGACGUCUUACCUGAAGAAUAGCUUGUCAUCACUACUGGCACGAGAAAUAAAAUAAGUACUGUUGCGUUUUCAUGAUCUUCACUA